GCCAUCGCCAUGGAAACGCUUCGGCUUGUUGUCAUGUGUGUCCUGCUCAGUGCUGGACUGACCUUCGCUGCUGUGGAGGAGGAGAAUCCUGAGUUCUGGCGCUCUCUGGCGCGUGAUGAUCUGGACGCUGCUCUCCACAGGAAGCUCAACACCAACGUGGCCAAAAACAUCAUGCUGUUCCUGGGGGACGGUAUGGGGGUCACCACCAUCACCGCAGCCCGCAUCCUUAAGGGUCAACUGCAGAACCGCACAGGAGAGGAGACCAUCAUGGCCAUGGACACCUUCCCUUAUGUGGGGAUGGCCAAGGUGUACACUGUAGAUUUCCAGAUCCCUGACAGCGCUGCCACGGCGACGGCGUACCUGUGUGGAGUGAAGACCAACCUGAACAUCGUGGGGGUCAGCGCCAAGGGGCGCAACGGAGUGUGUCGCACGCAGAAGGGCAACGAGGUCACCUCCAUCCUCAAAUGGGCCAAGGACGCAGGGAAGUCUGUGGGCAUAGUCACUACGACGCGUGUGCAGCAUGCCACCCCUGCUGCCAGCUAUGCCCACAGCGCCAGCCGCACCUGGUACAGCGACGCAGACCUGCCCCCUGCAGCCAAGAAGGGGAACUGCAGCGACAUUGCCAGCCAACUGCUCUACAACACUGACAUCGAUGUGAUCAUCGGAGGGGGCAGGAAGUACAUGAGUCCAAAGGGCACCCCUGACCCAGAGUACCCCAGUGACCCCAAGUCCGAGGGUCAAAGGUUAGACAACAGGACCCUCAUCAACGAGUGGCUCAGCAUGAAGAAGGGAAAGGUGGCUCGCUACGUGUGGAAUCGCACAGACUUUGCUGCUGUUGACCCAGAGACCACCGACUAUCUCAUGGCGCUGUUUGAGCCGGGGGACCUGCGGUUUGAGCAGGAGAGGGACCCAGCACUGGACCCCUCACUGGUGGAGACCACAGACAAGGCCAUACGCAUCCUGCGCAGGAACCCCAAGGGAUUCUUCCUACUGGUGGAAGGCGGGCGCAUUGAUCAGGGGCACCAUGCCAGUCGUGCGUCCAUGGCGCUGCAUGAGGCCGUGGCAUUGGACGAGGCGGUGGCCAAAGGGCUGGAACUGACCAAUGAGGAGGAGACGCUGACCCUGGUCACCGCAGACCACUCCCACGGCCUCAGCUUCAACGGAUACCCCUUCAGAGGAAACAGCAUUCUGGGUAAGUCCCCUAUCUAUGGCUCUGACUUGUUGCCCUACACCACUCUGAUGUAUGGAAAUGGCCCUGGACACAAGAUCGUCAAUAACAAGCGCCCAGACAUCAGCAAAGUCAACACCAAGCUGGGGGACUAUGUGCAGCAGGCGGCGGUCCCGCUGGCCUCGGAGACGCACGGCGGGGAGGAUGUGUGUGUGUUUGCGCGCGGCCCCAUGGCUCACCUGCUGCAGGGUGUACAUGAGCAGAGCUACCUUCCCCACGCCAUGGCCCACGCAGCCUGCAUCGGCUCAGACACCCGCCACUGCACACACACCUUCAAGCUGGGGGACUAUGUGCAGCAGGCGGCAGUUCCGCUGGCCUCGGAGACGCACGGCGGGGAGGAUGUGUGUGUGUUUGCGCGCGGCCCCAUGGCUCACCUGCUGCAGGGAGUGCAUGAGCAGAGCUACCUUCCCCACGCCAUGGCCUACGCAGCCUGCAUCGGCCCUCACGCUCACGCACACACACACACCCCGCCCUACACACUGCUCUCCCUCGUCACUGCAGCAGUGCUCACAUACACGCUACACUAG